AUGUUGUUUCAGGUUGUGAGUAACAUCGCGGAGAAGGUGGAUCUUUUCAUUGAAGAUGAUAUGCGAGUUGGUGAGGUACGUGUGCUGAUCGGGCAGAUGAUUGGCGCCGAUGAAGAGACGAUUCGUCUCACUUUUCAGGGUCAUGUGCUGGAGGACGACACGGCCACGUGGGCGUUGGUGUUGAAGUUGUAUCCGCUAGCCGAUGAUACCCCAUGCAAACUCUUUGCCCAUGUCUCAGAGAAGCUGAGGACGGGAUCGGCGAGCUCUGAGGCGAUGCGGGCGGCGUUAAUGUCGGUGGCCGGCCACGAAAAUGAGAGGGACGCACGUGCCCAGGCGAAGAUGAUGGAGCCCGUCAUUGACCUCAUGGUGCGGGAUCCCUCCACGCUGGACAUGAUGAUUUCCAUCAACCCCGGCCUGAAGGAGAUGCUAAACAAACACCCUGAGCUAAAACGGCACUUCUGCGACCCAGAGACCCUGAAGACGUUGAUGAUGUCACAAAUUGACCCCGACCAACGGCGCUCGCUGAGUCUAGGCAUGGGACUUCAGCUCGCGCAGCUGAGCGCCAUGCCAGGCGGCGAGCAGCUUUUUGAACGCAUGACGUCGGAAUAUAUGAAUGACAUGUCUGCCCUGACGGAAACUACCGGUCUUAGUGCUUCUGAUAGCGUCGAUGAGGCACAGGCGCGCCCCGAUCCAAACAAGGAGGCGAACAGUGAGGCUUUGCCAAAUCCCUGGGAGCAGCAACCCUCCAGUGCGGGGGGCAGAUUAGAGUCAAACCUAAUGAGCCAAAAUCCAGCUGGUCUUUUGAGUUUAUUCGGGGGUGGCCAUAAUGCUGGAAGCGCAGCACCCCUUGCUGGAUUGCCCAGUAAUCUUCCAUUUUUGUUAGCUAACGGUAAUCCGCAUACUUCAACCUCGUUUUUGCCGUCAUGGAUAACGACUUCGUCUAACGUGGGAGGGCAGGCACAACCCGCAGGUUCCACGCAGGCGGGAGAAACUUCCAGGAUUGCUGCAGAAUGGGCGCCGCAGCUAGCUGUAUUAAGGGAAAUGGGUUUUGAUAAUGAGGCACUGUGUUUAGAAGCCUUGCGUGCAUCCAACGGAGACAUAGAUGGGGCCGUAAACUAUAUUGCCGAUAAGGAUGCAUGA